UGGUUGGCAACAGCUGUUUCUAAUUUGUAUUUGUUUAUAAUUUACACAUAUUUGAAAUAAAUGGAAUCUUUGGCCAACUACCGCUAUAGCUUAGUGGCUGGCGCUUGUGCAGCCGGUGGUAGCUUUUUUGGUAAGCUGCCCAGCCACCUAAGCGCCCAGAAGCUGAUGUAUUUUCCAGAUUCAGGCGGAUCAAACUUUUCAGAUUCCUCGUAUUUGGAAUUUGGUUUGCUGAGGCUUCUACCUUUAGUCCUGAUGGUGUUGUGCAAUGUCUGUAAUCUGCGCUGUUUCCUUAAAGCACUGCAAAUGACCGAGCAGACCCUCACCUGCGUUGUGUUGACUGCCGCGUCCAACUAUGUGCUGUCUUUUCUUUUAGGCGUGCUGGUAUGCCAAGAGCCACUCACUGCACUCUCUGGCAUUGGAAUCACACUAAUAUUGGGUGGUCUUUGGUUUCUUUGUGAUGCUGGGGCAGGGGAGAGCAGUAAAAAGGAGCCAGAAAAAGAGUCAUAAAACAUACAAAACAAAAA